AUGUCAUUUAGUGGUUUUACAAAUUUUGCAAAAAAUGCAUUUCUUACAGCUCAAAAACAUAUAGAUUCUGCUCUUCAUAUAGAAGAGGAUGGUGGUGAAUCUGGCGAUGAAAAUGAAGACGAUGAAACUGAGCGUGAAGAUAAUGUUAAUAAUAAUUUAUUUGAGAGUUCAACAAGUUUGUAUCAAAGUGCUCUUCUGGACCCCAUCCAGUCUGCUAAAUUGAACGAAGUAAAAUACACUCAAAAUGAACCUAAAAAUGACCCAAAACUUAAUAACCAGCAAGUUGAUUUCAUGGAUGUUGAUUUAAACGAGCCUUCGUCUCAUCAUUCUCAAUGGAGAGAAGAACCAGAGAAUAAAAAUCAAACUGUUGUAGAUACUGAACCAAAUCCAAUCCGUGAUGCUCAUGAACCGUCAAAUGUUUUUAAUUAUUCUCCCUCUUCGCAUUCUCCUGAUGACGAUGAAAGCAGCCAAAAUGGUCAAAGUACAACAACAGCUCAAAACGGUUCUGAACUUGAAAUUGUUUCUCUAAAUUUGGAAAAGGGAGAAAGUGACGACGCAAAAAGUGUAGAUAAUGAACAACAAAAUUGUAUUGUUCCUUCUUCAUCAGAAAAAACUUUGGAUAGGUUUGAAGAGAUCCGAACGAUUGCAUCUAGCGAUAUUGAAGUUAUUCGUCAGAUAGAUGAUUGGUCAAUAACAAGUAGUCACAAUAAUGGAAGUAGUUUUCAUAAUCCAAUAAAAAUAGUCAAUAAUACAAAUAAAGAAGAUAUUCAACAACAAAUUUCUACUUCAAAUUCUUCAAAAGACCUUCAAUUAGAACCUCAAUCAAUUCAAGAAAUGACUGAACAAAUUGCUCUUUUAGUUGGAAAACUUAAAAAUAAGGAUCAGAGAAUUGAAGAAUUGGGACGUUUAAAUGAAAAUUUAAAAUUGACAAAUGAAAAUUUGACUGCAAGAUAUAAACAAAAAAAUGCAAACGAAACAAAACUUAAAACUCAAUUGGCAGAAACUGAGAAACAAUUAAAUGAUCUUCUUGGGGAAGGCAAAAAGCUCUCUGAAUACAGUGGACGUCAAGCAAAAGAAAUUCGCAAAUUAAAACAAGAAUUGAGUCAAUUAGAAAUUGUUACAGCUGCAAGGGAUAGUGCAGUAGAAGAACUUCAAGAAUUAAAUCAACAAACACAAGAACAAGAAGCUCAUUUAAUACAAUUAAAUGAAGAAUUGGAAAAAUCAGAAAAUGACAAAAAUCGUUUAAAUAAUGAAAUUGAAAAAUUAAAAAAUAAAAAUACAACGAUGGAAAAUCAAAUUUUGGAACAAUUAAAAAUUUUGGAAAGUAUAAAAGAAGAGUUAAAAAGGUCGGAAAAGGAUGCAAAAGUGGCUAGCAGAGAACGAGAGGAAUUAAUAAAAGAAAAUAAACAACUUGCAAAUAAAUUAAUGAACAAAUCUGUGCAGGAAGGAAUGGAAGGUGAACGGGAAAGGGGAAUAAUUGAAGAUUUAAAUGCUGAAAAGGCUAAAAAUAUCGAUGCUUUAAAAAGAAUAAGAACACUUGAACAGCAAUUGGAAAAUCUUCAAGAUAAUCAACGCGAUAUUGCUUUAGAAAUUUCUACAGCUAAUUCGCCUCUGUUGCAUACAAUUUCUAGUUUAGAAGAGAAAAUCACUUCUCUGGAACGUCAAAAUGAAUCACUUUCUCGUUCUUUAAAUCAAACAAAUAUUCAAUUAUCAGAAAAAACAUCCAAAUCUUCAAUUAUAAUAGAAAUGCUUGGAAAAAAUUUGGAAGAUGAAAAGUCAAAUUUUGCAGCAAAAGUUGAAGAAUAUGAAAGAUUACAAAAAGAAUAUUCUCAUUUGGAAAGUAAAUUAAAACAAAAAGAAGACGAAUUCAUAUCUCAACAACGCAAAUCAGUUUCACAAAUAGAAAGAAUAGAACGUCGUCUUAAAGAAUUAGAAAUAGAUUCCAAUUCAAGAAAUUUAGAAAUUGUCGAUUUGCAACGAAAAAAUAACGAAUUGGAACAAAAAUUGGCAAAAUCAAUAAAAGAACAAAUUGUGCCGACAUUUUCACCUAAAAAGAGUGUUAUAAUUGCUAAUAAUGAUGAAAUGUCAGAUAUUGAAGGAACGGGAAAAAAUAUUGGAGCUAAAUUUAAACAACAAAGACAAGAACAACAACAAAUAUUAGCACAAAAAAAGACAUUAAAAAGUUUUCAGAAGCCAUCCUCAUCAAAUCAAAUACGAAAUGAAGUUGAUGCAAUUAUUCAUGGAAAUACAACAGAUUAUUUGUUGGAUAGUCCAUCAGUUGAACAUCUCCGAUCUGAAUUAGACUCUUCACAAGCACAACUUUACCAACUUCGUGAACGUUUUGAUCAUUUGCUGGAGUUGUAUGGUGGAUGUCUUGAAAGUAUAGAAGAAUUAAAAGAGGAUAAUGAGGACUUGAGAAAAUUGUGUAAAGAGCAGGCUUUGAAGAUGGCUGGUGAGGAAAAAUGUCAAGAGGUGGAGAUGAUUAAUAAUAAUACUGACUUUGUAUAA